AUGGGCGGCGAUUACGCCCCCCACGAAACGAUUAAGGGCGCGGUGGCCGCGCUGGAACAACAAAAUAUAGAACUACUCCUGGUGGGAGACGCCGGGGCCGUGGAGGCCGAGUUAGCCAGCUACGACUUGUCCGGCAGGCCGGUCCAGGUUGUCCCGUCAGUGGGCAGAAUUGGUGACGACGAACACCCAAUGCACGCCUUCCGGCGGAAGCCGAAUGCUUCCAUUGUCGUAGGUACCAAGCUGGUCAAGUCCGGGCAGGCCGACGUGCUGGUGUCCCUGGGCUCCACCGGUGCCUCGAUGGCCACAGCUUCCCUGAUUCUCGGGGUAAUGGAGGGCCUGGAGCGGCCCUGCAUCGGCGGACCUUUCCUGGGGCUGGCUCCACGUACCGUUCUGAUGGACCUGGGCAGCAACGUGGAUUGCCGCCCCUCCCAGAUUCUUAACUUCGCAGCGCUAGGUUCAGCGUUUGCGUAUAAGUUUAUGGGAAUGGAAAAUCCGCGGGUGGCGCUGUUGAGCGUGGGCGCCGAAAAGUCCAAGGGCAACCGGCAAGUCCAGGAAAGCUACCAACUGCUGGAACAGAGCCAUCUCAACUUUGUGGGCAACGUGGAGGGGAUGGACUUUUUCACCGACAAGGCUGACGUCAUAAUUUGCGAUGGGUUCGUCGGGAAUAUCCUGAUCAAGUUCACCGAGGGCAUGGGCACUGCGCUCGGGAGUUACCUUGCCAGGCAACUGUCACCCUAUAUGUCCGAAGAACAGAUGAAGGAUGUAUUCAACGAUCUGUGGGAGACCACAAACCGGCCACGAACCAUGGGCGGCCCGCUGUUCGGCGUAAAUGGCGCCGUGGUCGUGGGCCACGGCUCCUGCAAGGCAGAAGGUGUCACGGGCGCCAUCAACACCCGCCGUGCACUACAUUAA